CAAACAAAGUUAUUGAUGGACUGAAUGGAUGUGAAAGUUUAAUUUUUUUGUACAACAGGUUUUUGAUGAAGAUGAUGAAGAUCAGCAUCUCUGGACCACUGCUUCUGCUCCUCCUCAUCCUCAGCGGUACUUCGUCCGUCCUGGGGUUAGGGGCGUCAAGAUUUUACACAUACGUUGACAUCUAUAUGAGCUGGCAGGAUUCCCGAAACUACUGCAAGGGCUUGAACGCCAACGGUGACUUGGCCACCGUCCUGACACCAGAGGUAAAAGGUGCGAACUUGGAUCAAUAUAAAGCCUGGGUCGGCCUGGCCCUGCGCCAGGAUGGUAAAUGGAAGUGGGAUAAUGAAUGGUACAUUGUUAGCUGGGCAGAUGAUGAGCCAGACGAUGGUGAUAGAUGUGGAUACGUCUCUUACAACAGCAAAAGGUUGCAUGGCACCAGUUGUGGAGAGUAUUUCUUCUUCAUCUGUGACACGGGCUCCGACUACACAUUUGUCUCUCAGUCAAAGACAUGGUCUGAGGCUAGGCAGUACUGCGCGGAUAAUGGUGAUGAGCUGGCAAGUAUACCACUUCAAACUGACGUGCACGACGCAGCCACGAAGCACAACUUUCCCAUCUGGAUUGGACUGCGCAGAGAUGACGAAAAUGAAUGGCAGUGGGCCAAAGCCUUGUCCGAGUACAGAGACUGGGCAGAUAAUGAGCCGAGCGACGCCGGCGACUGCGUCUCCAUAUACUCAUCGGAAAGAACCAUUGCAGCCCAAAACUGCACCACCCGGUUACCCUUCCUGUGCUACUGGGACAACAUCGUCCUGGUAAAGGAGGAGAAGACCUGGGAGGAGGCGUUGGAAGUCUGCCGAGACCUCGGUUCACCCGGCCAGUAUGACCUUGCCAGCGUGGAGCCGGGAGACGACUUGGACUACCUGAUGUAUCAGAUCUUGGAGGCAGACACUGAUGAGGUGUGGUCUGGGCUGCGUUUCCUGGCCGGCUCGUGGAUGUGGGUGGACGGUGCUCAGCAGAAGUUCCCUGACCUGCCUGACUGCCCCCAGCUGAAGAAGCGCUGUGGAGCCUUCUUAAAGAACAAUUCGGGCACGGUGGAGCCCAGAGACUGUACAGAGAGAAAGAACAUCCUGUGUUACCAGCUCUAACUAUUAUCCGUAGGCUGUGGCUUCAGCAGCUACCACCUCUCUCCACCAUUUUCAAAGCAUUAGUGCUUUAGAUGCUAGAAGCCAACUGUGCCAGCAGUUUUUAAAUAGUUAAUUGAUAAUCUCACAG